AAGACUUUUCAAAUAUUCUGGGGCUUACAAAAACUCUACGAUCUAAUAAUGGCACAGAGUACACGGAUGAGGCUUUCAAGGAGUUCUGUGACCGAGAAGGCAUUACAAGACACUGGACAGUUAGAGAAACACCACAACAGAAUAGAUUUGCCGAACGACUGAAUUGUACGCUACUUGAGAAGGCAAGGUGUAUGCGCUCUAAUUCGGGUUAGGCAGAGAAUGGUGGGCAGAAUCGGUUGCUACAACUUGCUACAUAGUGAAUCGAUCCCCACAUUCUUCUCUAGAUGGAGACACACCUUAUAAGGUAUGAUCAAGGGAACAUGCAGAUUAUGAGAAACUCAGAGUCUUUGGAUGCACAGCCUAUUAUCAUGUCAAAGAUAAUAAGCUUAAUGAUAGAGCUAAGAAGGCAAUCUUUUUGGGGUAUCCAAGAGGGGUUCAAGGCUAUCGCUUUUGGAGUGUAAAUGAUUCUAAGUUUGUAAUAGCAGGGAUGUUACCUUUGAUGAACGAUCUAUGGUAGCUUUGUCUAAAGAUGUGGUGCCAGAUGAUGGUGAUGUUGGAAAAACUUCAAAUACUCAAGUGGUGGAGAUAGAGUCUAAAUACCAACAAAUAGACUCUAAUAAUGUUCAGAUGGAGCAUCCUAAUGCUACUCGAGAUGACGCAGAGGAUGAACUUGAUCAUGAGAAAAUUCAGCGAGAAAAUGCACAUGCAUUACAACAGCAACAGCAGGAUUCUUUGGCAUCUACUAGGCUAAAGAUGAAUUAUAAAUUUGUUCAGAAGUUCGGGUCAGACAAGCCUUUGAGACAUUAUGGACAGCUAAACUUGGUAGAUUAUGCACUCUCAGUGGAGGAUGAUGAGCCGGUCACCUUCAAACAUGCUAUCAAAGACAAAGAUAGAGAGAGUUGGUUGGUCGCUAUGGAGGAAGAGAUGCAAUCUCUUCAUAAGAACAAGACAUGGGAUGUGGUCCCAUUGCCCGUGAGAAAGACCGCAAUUGGUUGUAAGUAGGUGUAUAAAAGAAAAGAAGAUCCUACUAAGUCAGAUGGUACAAUAUUCAAAGCUAGGUUAGCAGCAAAAGAAUUUGCACAGAAAGAAGGUGUUGAUUACAAUGAGAUAUUUUCUCCAGUGGUGAAACACACUUCCAUACGGGUGCUUUUAAGUCUUGUCGCUCAUGGUGAUCUUGAGUUGGAACAACUAGACGUGAAGAUUGCAUUCUUGCACGGUGACUUAGAGGAAGAAAUCUACAUAUAUCAACCUGAGGGUUUCAAGGUUGAGGGUAAAGAAAGUUAGGUAUGUCGCUUGAGGAAAUCGCUAUAUGGAUUGAAACAAUCUCCUCGGCAAUGGUAUAAGCGAUUUGACUCCUUUAUGUUAAAACAAGGUUUUUCCAGAAGUAAUUAUGAUUGUUGUGUAUACAUUCGUAAGCUUCCUGGAGGUGAUUAUAUCUAUCUUCUAUUAUAUGUGGAUGACAUGCUUAUUGCCUCUAAGAGCAAGGUAGAGAUAGAUAUGUUAAAGGUUCAACUUGGUAAAGAAUUUGAAACAAAAGACUUGGGUGCUGCAUGAAAAAUAUUAGGCAUGGAAAUUAAAAGGGAGAGAUCAAGCCAAAAAUUGUUCUUGAGCCAAAGAGGAUACAUUGAGUGCGUCAUUGAAAGAUUUGAAAUGAAAAAUGCUAAAUCGAUGGUAACACCGUUGGCUCCACAUUUUAGGCUCUCUGGUAAACAAUCUCCCACAACAGCAGAGGAUAAGGCUUACAUGAAAAAUGUACCUUAUGCUAGUGCAGUCGGUAGUCUAAUGUAUACUAUGGUAUGUACACGCCCAGAUAUUUCACAGGCAGUAAGUGUUGUUAGCAGGUUCAUGGCAAACCCGGGUAAGGCACACUAGGAAGCAGUCAAGUGGAUAUUAAGAUACUUGAAGGGCACCAUUGACACAUGUUUAUGCUUUAGUGGAAAAUCAUGUCAAAUCAGCGGCUUUGUUGAUUCUGAUUAUGCUGGUGAUCUAGAUAGAAGACGUUCUACGACUGGUUAUGUAUAUAAAAUACAAGGUGCUCCAGUUAGUUGGCGAUCGAUGUUACAAGUGUAACACCCUAACUACCAAAGCUCACGCUUCUGGCUGCGCGACUCUGAUA